GCUGAGAGGUGGGUUCAUUGAACAAGCUUAGUGCCCAGCCAAUCGGCAAGCGCAGUGCACACAGUCUGACCAGUACAGUUUCAAGUGACCAUCACAGCACAGUGACCACUGGUCUGAGAAGAGCGAAGAACGCCGUGACUGAACGUGACCGUAGUUGUCUACCCUGACGACCAUGACCCAUCACCAGCAAUAUGCGGCAGACAGCGCCACCUGGUUGACAGAGCCGCAACACGAUGGCCCUCACUUCAUGCCGAAAGUUGUGCAAAGGCGAGCUAAACGUAUCAUCCCAGAUCUGGAAAAGGACGACAAGUAUUGGGAGAAACGUAAGCGCAACAACCUCGCCGCUAAGAGAUCUCGCGAGAACAAAAGGAAAUUAGAAGUUGACAUUCGCCAUAAGAUGAGCUACCUCGAAGAAGACAACGCAUUGCUGCGGAAGGAGAUUGCGUUGAUAAAGGCAAAGUUUGGUAUUCCUCCCGAUCAAAGUCUCCUAACGCCAGAAGAACGUGCUCAGUGCAUGCAGGAGGUGAAAGCGGCACAGGCGGCGGCGGAAGCCAGUAGUCGGGUAGGUUGUGAUGACGUCGGCUAUCCCGUGUCGUUACUGUCAGUCCCAUCAUCACCACUCGACGGCGACAGGAAACACGAUGACCAUUCAGACAGCGACGACCACGAACGAAGCAUGUCGGAAGACAACGUACGGUCCGAAUCUGCGCAUGUGCCGCACGGCUCUUCCGCGUACGGCCCUUACAACCCGUCUCUCACGUGGGGAACGUCGGCGCAACAUUUCCAGCACAACAGCUACAACGACAAUCAGCGACUUCAAGGACUCAGCAAUGGCUACAACGACAAGACCAAUAACAACAACUACCAACGUUACACCUCACCGUCAGAAAACCAAUUCUCCCGGAAUGUAUAUGAUUAUUAUGCCCAUUACACGUCUCAAGGGCAGUCUAUGUACUCGACGGUCAAUCAUCUGCAGGGAGUUACCUCCCCUGCUGACCUCACCAUCCGUAAUAAACGGCCCGAACAAGACGUGAUCAUCAGUAACCUUGGAAACAAAAACGGCGGGCCGGAAGCAGCGCAAGCUCCAAACAACAUAUCCUCAAGCAUGACAGGAAACCUCCACAUGGACUCGUCUGGUCUCCAUGCGCAGUUGUCGCGCAGUCAGGACAUGUACUCCCCGAACUUAGCCCCCAUUGACCACGACGGCCCGAUCCUAGGCAAGGUGGACGCGAACGGCGUCGUCUGCGUCAGUGACAACCUCAGAAGAGAAAACGUGGUACUCAAAGAACGAUUGAACAAUCUCACCUCGCAAGUUGAAAAAAUGAAGAGUAUUGUAUUGAAAGAGUAAAAGUAUUAUUGCAUUCCUCUUCCCGAGGCAAAGGCGUCAACGAGCCUUUUUAUCAAAGUCUUGUUUCCAACCUUGCCACAUCAAGCCCACUUUCCUGUGCUUAAUAUGAUUGGACUAUCGCACAUA